AAACUUAUCACAAUCAUGUUUUUUAUUCUAGAGACUUUGAUAUCUCGAGCCAUGUCCAGACCUUUUUCAGAAUCCCUGAUUUCUGAGAGAUAUGAGAUUUGGCUGGCUCAGUAUGGACGAAAACAUGUAAACAGUGAAGAGCAGGAAAAGCGUUUCAAUAUAUUCAAGGACAAUGUAGAAUAUAUAGAUAAAUUCAAUAAUGAAGGGAAUCGUACCUACAAGUUAGGUGCCAAUAAAUUUGCGGACUUAACUCAUGAAGAAUUUCUUGCCUCUUAUAAUAGAGAAAAGAUUUCCACCUCUCCAAGUUUUAUCAAUGUUGACAGCUUCGAUCCCAAUGCCGUUACCGACGUUCCAAGCACUCUUGAUUGGAGAGCGAGAGGAGCUGUUACCCCCGUAAAGGACCAAGGCUGGGGCUGUACCCAAUCCGGCUGGGCCUUUUCAACAGCCGCAGGAAUAGAAGGGUUACUCCAUAACGUAACUGGCAACUUGCACGAAAUGUCUGUGCAGCAACUAAUUGACUGUUCAAUAAAUAAAUAUAGUUCUGGCUGCAAUGGUGGUGUGUCGGCUCGUGCCUAUAAUUAUGUACGAGAUAAUAGAGGAAUAACUCUUGAAGAAUAUUACCCAUAUCAAGGGACGCAAGGAACUUGUGACCAGGGAAAGGCAACUAAGUUUCAAGUCUUCCAGAUAAGUGGCUGCUAUGGAACACAAGGAAGAACUGAGGCGGAUUUACUUAUGAGAGUGGCUGCCCAGCCAGUUUCAAUUGACCUCGAUGCUUCUAGUCGUGAAUUUCAAUUAUAUGCAAGUGGAGUUUUCACGGGACCGUGUGGGGUUCGGUCAACCCAUGUCGCCAAUCUAGUUGGCUAUGGAGUGGCUGAUGAUGGUACCAAGUACUGGAUCAUGAAGAAUUCAUGGGGCAUCGGUUGGGGUGAGGAUGGCUAUAUGAGGAUUCUUAGAGACUAUGUGAAUAAUGGUCUUUGUGGCCUUGCUCAAGAAGUGGUUUGGCCAUUUGUUAACUCACUCCAUUGAUGGCAAAGAAAAUGCCUGUACUGCUACUUGUAACGUCAAAAUAUGAACGUCGUAAAAAAAUAACCUGGCAG